GGGGAAGCUGGGCCGGUAUCCUCCAUGGCCAGGAAAGAUUGUUAAUCCACCUAAAGAUCUGAAGAAACCUCGUGGAAAAAAGUGCUUCUUUGUGAAGUUUUUUGGAACAGAAGAUCAUGCUUGGAUCAAAGUGGAGCAGCUGAAGCCUUAUCACCCUCACAAAGAGGAAAUGAUAAAGAUUAACAAGGGUAAGCGCUUCCAGCAAGCUGUGGAUGCUGUAGAGGAGUUUCUUAGAAAAACCAAAGGCAAGGACCAGGCAUCUUCCCAUAACUCCAGUGAAGAGAAGAAUCGGCGUAAUUCCAGUGAAGAAAGAGGCAAGCAAUCUGCUGGUGAAGAGAAACGCAAAGCCAGUUUGUCUGAAGGGAAGCUGAAGAAGGGCACAGGGGAAGGAAAAAAGAGGGUCUCUUCUGUAUCGUCAGAGAGAGGAUCAAAAUCACCUUUGAAAAGAGCCCAGGAUCAGAGCCCCCGAAAGCGGGGGCGCCCACCCAAGGAUGAGAAGGACCUUACGAUUCCAGAGUCAAGUACAGUGAAGAGAGUGAUGACUGGAACAGUGGCUGGAUUUAAAUGGCCUCCAAGUGUCAGUGAGCCUGUGAAGGACAGUGAUCCAUAUUUCCAUCUCAUCCUGCUGAGUCAAACGGAGAAGCCAGCUGUCUGUUACCAAGCCAUCACAAAGAAGCUAAAGGUUUGCGAAGAGGAAACAGGAUCCACCUCUAUCCAGGCAGCAGACAGCACAGCAGUCAACGGCAGUAUCACGCCUACAGACAAAAAGAUAGGAUUUCUGGGACUUGGCCUGAUGGGAAGCGGCAUUGUCUCCAACUUGCUGAAGAUGGGUCACACGGUCACCGUCUGGAACCGGACUGCUGAGAAGUGUGAUUUGUUCAUCCAGGAGGGGGCACGGCUGGGAAGAACCCCUGCUGAAGUUGUUUCCACCUGUGACAUCACCUUUGCCUGUGUAUCAGAUCCAAAAGCAGCAAAGGAUCUGGUACUUGGUCCAAGUGGAGUGUUGCAGGGGAUUCGCCCAGGGAAGUGUUACGUGGAUAUGUCCACCGUGGAUGCAGAUACAGUCACAGAGCUGGCCCAGGUGAUAGUGUCCCGAGGGGGUCGCUUUUUGGAAGCACCGGUCUCAGGAAAUCAGCAGCUAUCUAACGAUGGGAUGCUUGUGAUCCUGGCAGCUGGUGACAGGGGUUUAUAUGAGGACUGCAGCAGCUGUUUCCAAGCGAUGGGGAAGACCUCUUUUUUUCUAGGUGAAGUAGGCAAUGCUGCCAAGAUGAUGCUGAUUGUGAACAUGGUCCAAGGCAGCUUCAUGGCAACGAUAGCAGAAGGACUGACUUUGGCUCAAGUGACUGGCCAGUCCCAACAGACCCUUCUGGAUAUCCUCAAUCAGGGACAACUUGCCAGCAUCUUCCUGGACCAGAAGUGCCAAAAUAUCUUGCAAGGAAACUUCAAGCCUGAUUUCUACCUGAAAUACAUACAGAAGGAUCUUAGAUUAGCUAUUGCACUGGGCGAUUCUGUCAACCACCCGACUCCCAUGGCAGCUGCUGCCAACGAGGUCUAUAAACGAGCAAAAGCAUUGGACCAAUCAGACAACGACAUGUCUGCAGUGUACAGGGCCUACAUCCACUAGGCUGCAGCAUUCUUACUGUUAAUACUAUGAUUAUUGAUUAAUAUUAUGAUACUGGGUUUUAACUUCGGACCAGUCCAUCUCUGUCUCUCCAUUUCCUUUUAUAAACAGACUUUGAGAUCUGCCACGGAGGCAGCUGCUGCAGUGAGCCUUCCCUGGUAGCAGAAGGGGGGGGAGGAGAGGGCUCGGAUUGUUGCAGUCUAAUUAGAAAAAUCCAUGCCAUGCACUGACAGUCAUGGAACAGAACAGUGGCGGCUUGUUCAGAAGCUCUGAGGCAACUCUGCCAGAAAUCUGCUGCUUGGCUGCUUUUAUUUUCCUCUUUGUAUGCUUGUCCAAGAUGCUGUUUCUAA